AUGUUGCAUACUUUAGGAAGUACGAGAACAGCAUUUUCUGUCAUAAAACCAGUGUCGUUGCUCAGACCAACUGGCGUGGCUCGUUUCAUAUCACUCAAGCCAGAUUUCUCCAGGUUCAAGAAAACAGAACAACCUCCAGGAUACAUUGUGGGAACCGUAAACGAUGCAUACAGAAUCCCGUUAGUAACUUACUAUGAAGGGAGCUACCACUGGACGUACGAAAGGGCUAUAGCCAUAACCAUGGUGCCAUUAAUGAUGACUCCGUUUGUUGCUGGUGUUGAAUACCCCAUGAUAGAUGCCGUAUUUUCGUCUCUCGUUCUCUUCCAUUGCCAUUGCGGCUUUAAGUCGUGUAUCAUCGACUAUAUUCCUGAAAGAGUGUAUGGGUUCUGGCACAGAGCUGCCACCAGAUUGUUGACGUUGGGAUCGUUUGUAUCGUUGUACGGGGUCUACUUGAUAGAAACAGAAGGCAACGGGUUGUUUGACUUGUUGAAGAACAUCUGGAUGGCCUAA